AAAACCACUCAGAACCACUCAGACAUAAUUUGGAGCAAAAUAAGACAUGUCAGGAGAAGCAAACGCUCUUCGCGGCGGAGCAAUGGAUCCUCAGUUAAUCAAGACUAUAAACCGUCUUCAGGAUGCAUUUUCAACGGUUGGUGUUCAGAAUCCAGUCGAUCUUCCACAAAUUACAGUAAUUGGGUCACAAUCUAGUGGGAAAUCGUCAGUACUUGAGAAUAUAGUUGGUAGAGACUUUCUUCCACGGGGUACGGGAAUUGUUACGCGUCGUCCAUUGAUUUUGCAGUUAAUCCAUAGGUUAGCGACGGGAAACAAAGAGAAUCAAGUAGAGGAGGAGGAGAAAAGGGUAGAAGGAGAAGGGAAUAAUAAUGGAGAAGAAUGGGGAGAAUUUCUUCAUCUUCCAGGACAGAAGUUUUUUGAUUUUAAUGAGAUUCGGGAGGAGAUUAUUCGUGAAACAGAGUCGAAAACGGGGACGAAAGGGAUUAGUCCGAUUCCAAUUAAUCUUAGAAUAUAUAGUCCAAAUGUAUUAACGUUAACGCUUGUUGAUUUACCAGGAUUAACGAAAGUUCCAGUGGGUGAUCAACCAAAAGAUAUAGAAAAGCAAAUUAGAGAGAUGAUUUUAAAAUAUAUUAAUAAGCCGAAUGCAAUUAUUCUUGCAGUUACAGCAGCAAAUACAGAUCUUGCGAAUUCAGAUGGAUUAAAAUUGGCACGAGAAGUUGAUCCAGAAGGAACACGAAGUAUUGGUGUUUUAACGAAAAUUGAUCUUAUGGAUAAGGGAACGGAUGUAGUAGAUAUUCUUGCAGGAAGAGUCAUUCCUCUUCGACUCGGGUAUGUUCCAGUGAUUAAUAGAGGACAAAGAGAUAUCGACCAAAAGAAAGCCAUUUCAGCUGCUCUUGAAUAUGAGAGAGAAUACUUUGAAAGUCAUCCUUCAUAUCGUUCUAAAGUUCAGUAUUGCGGUACACCGUUUCUUGCUAGAAAACUUAAUAUUAUUCUUAUGCAUCAUAUUCGUAAUACCUUACCAGAAAUUAAAGCUAAAAUCUCUUCAGCCCUUACAAAAUAUCAAACAGAACUUGUACAAUUAGGUGAUUCUCUCCUUGGAAAUAGUGCAAACAUUGUACUUAAUAUUAUUACUGAAUUUUGCAAUGAAUAUAGAACAAUCCUCGAAGGGAAUAGUCAAGAUCUUUCUACUCUUGAACUUUCUGGAGGAGCUAGAAUUAGUUUUGUCUUUCAUGAACUUUAUGCAAACGGUGUUAAAGCUAUCGAUCCUUUUGACCAGAUCAAAGAUACUGAUAUUAGAACGAUUUUAUAUAAUUCAUCAGGUUCAUCACCUGCUCUAUUUGUUGGAACAGCUGCUUUUGAAGUAAUUGUAAAACAACAAAUACGAAGACUUGAAGAACCUAGCAUUAAAUGUAUUAAUCUGAUAUAUGAUGAGUUAGUACGCAUAUUGACACAAUUACUUGGAAAGCAGUUAUUUAAACGAUAUCCUUUAUUAAGAGAAAGAUUUUAUCAGGUUGUCAUUAAUUUUUUUAAAAAAGCUAUGCAGCCAACACACAAACUUGUACAAGAUUUGAUUUCAAUGGAAUCUUGUUAUAUAAAUACCGCUCAUCCGGAUUUUCUUAAUGGUCACAGGGCUAUGGCCAUUGUAAAUGAUAAAAUUAAUCAAUCAAAACCUGUUCAGCUUGAUCCUAAAACGGGAAAACCAUUACCAGUGACAAAGGAAAAUUCUAUUUCUCAAUCUUUAGAACCAGGAACUGAUAAUGGCGGAUUUUUUGGAAGUUUUUUUGCAUCUAAAAAUAAGAAGAAAAUGGCAGCUAUGGAAGCACCACCUCCUGUUUUAAAAGCAUCAGGUACAUUGUCUGAAAGAGAAACUAUUGAAACAGAAGUAAUAAAACUUCUUAUAAAUUCAUAUUUUAAUAUUGUUCGGCGUACAAUGAUUGAUAUGGUUCCCAAAGCUAUUAUGUACAAUCUAGUUAUAUAUUCAAAAGAAGGAAUGCAAAAAGAAUUACUUGAAAAUCUUUAUAAAGCAGACAUUUUGGAUGAUAUUCUUAAAGAAAGUGAAUAUACUGUUCAAAGAAGAAAAGAGUGUUUACGUAUGGUCGAGAGUUUAACCCAGGCUAGUGAAAUUGUUGCGUCAGUAUAAAAUAGAAUUUCUAGAUCAUCAAUAUUAGUUUUUUUUGGAAAAAAUA